AUGGACACGAGUGUGGGGCCGCCCAGGUCACGCGAAGCCCGAUGCAACACACACCUCUGCGCCUGUGGACUCGAGGACGCACCUGAAGGGAUUUCAGAGCUCCAGCCGGAGCGCGGGUGGAGACCUCUGUCCCCGGGGAGCCUCCCUGUGCCCCCCAGAGAGGGUCGGACACGGGAGCCGUCCAAGAGGGGCCCCGGGAGGCUGGGCCGCAGCGCAGCAGAGCGGGCGCUGAAACGGCGCCUUCCCAGAGCGGUGGACGGUCAGCGAUGCUGGUCCUGGAGCCGGGCCAGCCUGGCGUCGGGGAUUCGUGCUGCACCCCCCGCACCCCCGAAGGUGUCAGGAGCUGAGACGGUGCCCGUGGGGGCCUCGGUGUUUCCUGGGCUGUAG